CAGCUUAUGGUGCUAUGGUUUGAAGUUGCCAAGUACAGUUUUUUCUGUAAGGAAACAUUGAAGAAAAACACCAGGUCAAUACCAUUCAGGAAUUGUUAAGGAGUUUCAUGGAUGCAUAGAGCAUUUAAACAGAAAUAUUUGGAAUGCCACUAUUUGGUAUAGAUUGUACCAAGCCCAAACCUCAAGAGGAAGAGAGAUAUUUAAGGGCAAAUGAUAGAAAUUUCAAUGUGAAAUUUCAAUAUGUGAACAAUAGAAUUAAAACUUCCAAAUAUAAUAUUUUUACAUUCCUGCCAGUCAACUUAUUUGAACAGUUUCAGCGAAUUGCCAAUGCUUAUUUUUUAUUUUUACUAAUUUUGCAGCUUAUUCCACAAGUUUCAUCUCUGUCCUGGUAUACCACUGUUGUGCCCUUGGUCCUGGUAUUGUCAAUAACAGCAGUGAAAGAUGCUAUUGAUGAUUAUCAUCGCUAUAGAAGCGACAACCAAGUCAACAAUCGGGAAGUCACAAUUCUCCUUGAUGGAACGUUGCAAAGAGAAAAAUGGAAGUACGUUCAAGUGGGAGAUAUAAUUAAAAUGGAGAAUAAUCAAUUUGUCACCGCAGACUUGCUCCUGUUAUCAAGCAGUGAACCAUAUGGCUUGAUUUACAUUGAGACAGCUGAGCUUGAUGGUGAAACAAAUCUGAAAGUUAAGCAGGCAUUAACAGUCACUUCAGACAUGGGAGAGAACACCCAAGCUUUGGCUGAUUUUGAUGGUGAGGUGAGAUGUGAAGCUCCCAAUAACAGGUUGGACAAGUUUAGAGGAACACUUACCUACAAGGAUAAUAAGUAUUCUUUGGACAAUGAGAAGAUAAUACUACGUGGCUGUACACUGAGGAAUACGGAAUGGUGUUAUGGACUUGUUAUCUUUGCAGGACAAGACACCAAAUUGAUGCAGAAUAGUGGAUUGUCAGCCUUUAAACGAACUAAUAUAGAUCGCCUCAUGAAUGUUCUUGUGAUGUGGAUUUUUGGCUUCCUUGCGACCAUGUGUACAGUCCUGGCAAUUGGAAAUAGUAUCUGGGAAUAUCGUAAGGGAUACUAUUUUCAGGUCUACUUACCUUGGGAUGUGGACAUUACAAAUUCUUCCUUCUCAGGAUUUCUUAUGUUCUGGUCAUAUGUGAUCAUUCUGAACACUGUUGUCCCAAUUUCCUUAUAUGUGAGUAUUGAAGUAAUACGUUUGGGGAGCAGCUUCUACAUCGACUGGGAUGGUAAAAUGUAUUAUCCAAAGAAGGAUACUCCUGCAGUAGCACAUACAACUACAUUAACUGAGGAACUUGGACAAAUCAAGUAUAUAUUCUCUGAUAAGACAGGAACUCUGACACAGAAUAUUAUGCUAUUUAGCAAAUGUACAAUCAAUGGCAAAAUGUAUGGUUAUGUUUAUGAUUUCGCUGGACAAAGGACAGAUAUAACUGCCAAUACAGAAAAAGUGGACUUCUCAUUUAAUUCUAUGGCCGAUCCGAAAUUUGUGUUCUAUGACCACAGUCUUGUUGAAGCUGUUAAAAUUGGUGACCCUAAAGUCCAUGAAUUCUUUCGUUUGCUGUCACUGUGCCAUACAGUGAUGCCUGAGGAAAAGUUCAAGGGUAACCUUGUGUAUCAGGCUCAAUCUCCAGAUGAAGGUGCACUUGUCACUGCAGCAAGAAAUUUUGGCUUUGUUUUCCGAUCCCGUACUCCCGAAACAAUAACUGUGGUUGAACUAGGUGAAUCUAAACUCUAUGAAUUGCUUUGUAUUCUGGAUUUUGAUAAUGUGAGGAAAAGAAUGUCUGUCAUAGUUCGAUGUCCAAACAAGAAACUGUAUUUGUACUGUAAGGGAGCUGACACUAUUGUUUUUGAGCGACUAAAUUCUUCAUCUCAACAUUUAAGAGAUAUAACCACUGAACAUCUUGAUGAGUUUGCAGGUGAUGGCUUACGCACUCUCGCCCUGGCAUAUAAACAGUUAGAUGAAAGGUACUUUCAAAACUGGCAAAGUCGACACCAUGAAGCAAGUACUGCAUCUGAAAAUCGGGAUGAACAACUGUUUACGUUAUAUGAAGAAAUUGAAAAGGACUUAACUUUGUUAGGAGCUACUGCAGUUGAAGAUAAACUCCAGGAUGGUGUUCCACAGACAAUUGAAACACUUGUGAAAGCAAAUAUCAAGAUAUGGGUUCUUACUGGUGACAAACAAGAGACAGCUGUGAAUAUUGGCUAUGCAUGUAAUAUGCUCCAGGAUGAAAUGAAACAAAUAUUCAUCAUUGAAGGCAAUGAUUCAAGUGCAGUUAGAACAGAACUAAGAAAAGCUUGUGCAAUAAUGAAAGGGCAACCACAAACAGAAAAUGAUUUAAUCAGGAUCCAACAGCCAACAAAACCUAAUUUCCUACCUGAGGAAACUGCUGAUGCAGAUUAUGGGCUGGUGAUCAAUGGUGACACACUGGCACAUGCUUUAGAAGAAGACAUGGCAUUAGAGUUCCUAAAGACAGCUUGCCUUUGUAAAACAGUAAUCUGUUGCCGUGUAACACCCCUUCAGAAAGCUCAGGUGGUAGAACUAGUGAAAAAGUACAAGAAAGCAAUAACACUGGCAAUUGGAGAUGGUGCAAAUGAUGUAAGCAUGAUCAAAGCUGCUCAUAUUGGAGUGGGUAUAAGUGGUGAGGAAGGAACACAGGCUGUUCUUUCAAGUGAUUUCUCCUUUGCUCAGUUUCGUUAUCUCCAGCGUCUCUUACUCGUCCAUGGAAGAUGGUCCUACCUUCGAAUGUGCAGAUUUCUCCGUUACUUUUUCUAUAAAAAUUUUGCUUUCACUCUUGUUCAUUUUUGGUAUGGAUUCUUCUGGGGAUUUUCAGCACAGACUGUGUAUGAUGAAUGGUUUAUUACACUCUACAAUUUAGUGUAUACUUCACUCCCUGUAUUAGGAUUGAGUUUAUUCGAUCAGGAUUUUAACGACCGCUGGAGUAUGGCAUAUCCUCAACUUUAUGAACCUGGACAGCUUAAUCUUUAUUUCAGCAAAUUAGAAUUUGUGAAAUGUGUUAUCCAUGGAGUUUACAGUUCCCUUGUACUCUUCUUUAUUCCUUAUGGUGCCCUUACUGAAGCAGUAAGAGAUGAUGGAAAGACCAUUUCAGACUAUCAGUCAUUUGCUUUAAUUGCUCAGACAUGCUUGCUUGUGGCUGUUACUGUACAGAUUGCAUUGGAUACAUCUUACUGGACAGCAAUCAAUCACUUUUUUAUCUGGGGCAGUCUAGCAGUCUACUUUGCAAUAACAUUUACAAUGUACAGCAAUGGCAUGUAUCUGAUGUUCCCAAUUUCAUUUCCAUUUAUAGGAACUGCAAGGAAUGCCUUGAACCAACCUCAUGUAUGGUUGACUAUUUUUCUAGCAGCAGUACUGUGUGUCCUGCCAGUUAUUAUUGUGCGAUACCUCUUUGCUGAACUGAAACCCACUUUCAGCAAUAAACUGCAAUAUAAAAUUCGUCAAAUGAAGCUGCUUCCUCCAAAACAAACUACUUCAUACCUGAGAAGGCCCAGUACACGUCGCUCUGCAUAUGCUUUUUCUCAUCAGCGGGGUUUUGGUGCCCUCAUUACUUCAGGGAAGAAUAUGCGAAUAAAAUCUAUGAAUUUUAUCCCUUCAAAGGCUGGUACAUCAUCACAAACUGAUAAAGAGAAGCAUUCAAAACUUAGUGCGAAACAGAAAACAUGA